GCGCUGGCGAAACAGUAGCACAGAAUCCGGGUUGUAUUCUUGCUUCAACAGUGUUUGAACGGAAUAGAACCCAAACUUCGUAUUUUUAAUCCCCCCACCUUCCUUCCCUCCAUUUAAAAAAAAAUACUUUUUAACACUUUAUUUUGUCAACUUGCCCACCUUUUCUUAUUCCCCUCCACUUUUGGCUUUUUUUUUGGACAACCGCAGCAGAUCAGGAUGACUUCUCAAAUCCGCCAGAAUUACCACCAGGAUUGCGAAGCGGCGAUCAACCGCCAGAUCAACAUGGAGCUGUACGCUUCUUAUGUCUACAUGUCCAUGUAUGCCUUCUUUGACCGGGAUGAUGUUGCCCUGAAGAACUUCGCCAAGUUUUUCAAGCAUCAAUCCCACGAGGAACGGGAACAUGCGGAGAAGCUGAUGAAAUUCCAAAACCAGCGUGGGGGCCGUGUCAUUCUGCAGGACGUAUCGAAACCUGACCGGGAUGAGUGGAGCAAUGGUCUGGAAGCGAUGAGGUGCGCCCUGCAUCUGGAGAAGACUGUGAAUCAGUCCCUCCUGGAGCUUCACAAACUGGCUUCUGACAAGGUUGAUCCUCACAUGUGUGACUUCCUGGAGACUCACUACUUGGAUGAGCAGGUCCAAGCUAUCAAAAAGCUUGGGGAUUUCAUCACCAACCUGGUACGCAUGGGGGCACCCCAGAAUGGCAUGGCUGAGUAUCUCUUUGACAAGCAUAGCCUGGAAGAGAGCAGCUAAAAACACCCACCAAACAUGGAAAUCAACAGUGUGCCUACAUUUCCUCAAUCAUCUCUAUUGAUGUUUUUUUUCAUUUGUUGGGCAAUGUUUACCUUUUUUUGAAUUUGAGUCAGUUUUUGAUAUCUUUAAAUGGGGUGUUAACUCGGGUUGUGAAUUAAGUUUGUAAAUGGAAAGGAUAAGAUCAAUGUUCUGAAGUUUGUAGUAAUCUUUUAUCAAACUGCCAAAUUGUUUAAAAAUGUGGCACAAUUGGGUUUAAGUAAAUAAAAGCUGUCGUGUUAA